UCUCGCGGAAAUAUUAAUUAGCCAAGGAGGCGUAUGAAUAUCAACCUAAUCCAUUUAAAUAGGGAAACCGUGAUCGACUGAGACUGUGCGAGAUCGGCGGCGAGGGAGUUCGUUGGUGUGAUCGAAAUCGCAUACUGUUAUUCCUGUUCUGCUGCGAUCGGAGUCGGUAAAGAGGAAGCGAACGAUAAGAAGAGGCAGAUUAGAAGAGAGAGGCGAAGCAAUGGAGGGCGAAGAAAGAGGAGGAUGGGCGCACCCCUACGUGCCCAAGGAUCUGGAGUUGCCGGGCUACGUACCCUGCUUCCUCUCUCAGAUGGAUAUCGUCAUCCCCUACCUCGGCAGCACCGUGCUUCUCGUCUCCCUCGUCUGGUUCUUCUCCGGGCGAUCAAAGUUGACAAAGAUUGAUAGGUUGCUUAUGUGCUGGUGGGCAUUCACGGGACUGACACAUCUAAUUGUUGAGGGUUACUUUGUUUUCUCUCCUGACUUCUACAAGGAAAAAACUCCACAUUAUUUAGCUGAACUUUGGAAGGAAUAUAGCAAAGGAGACUCGAGAUACGUAGGAAGAGAUACAGGAAUUCUCACUAUUGAAAUAAUCACUGCCGUUUUAGAGGGUCCUGCCAGUCUUCUUGCAGUGUACGCAAUUGCUACAAGAAAACCCUACAGCUACAUUCUUCAGUUUACAGUUUCUCUUGGACAUCUCUAUGGCUGCCUUUUUUACUUCAUUGCUGCUUUUCUGGAGGGAGACAAUUUCGCAACUAGCCCGGCCUAUUAUUGGGCAUACUACGUGGGGGCAAACGUCUGGUGGGUUGUCAUACCGCUGCUUAUCGCAACGAGGGUUUGGAAGAAGAUAACCACAGCGACUCAAGCAGGGAAGAAGUUAAAAGCUGUAUGAAGAAGUUUCUAAAUCAUGCAAUACUUUUGUGUUGUGGCAUUGUCUUUAUGGAACUUGAGACUUGUUAUGAUGCCUUUGAUUCCCAAUUUUGGAUAGAUGUCGAAUAAAAGAGUUAUUCCUUUCGGAAUA